AAAACCCAGAAAUCAUGAAGGGACGCCUUAGGAAGAGUGGGCAGCAAUUCCGGAAACCCCUAGGUUCAGCCACGCUCUGAGGAGAAGAGGUCCCCACGCCUUGUAGGGUGGGCGCGGGGCAUUCUGGGAAUUGCAGUUCCAUGUUGAAUUAGCGUUUCGAGAGUGAUAGGUGGCAAAGUCCAAGGUUUCACUUAAGCCUACCCUUGAUAGGCAUCGGGCCGCAGGUGAGCCGUUAUCGGCUGCCGUUAAGGACCGUUACCAUUCCCGGAUGAAAAGACAUAUUCCAGAAAAGUUGGUACAUUGCUUGUUUUCCAGCCUGGUGGAGCAGCUGAUUGGCAAGUGUGCUGACUGUCCAGUGCCUUCUGGCUCCUGCUCUGCCUGUCUUCUCUCUCCUGGGAAGAUGUUCCUGGUGGGCCUAACGGGAGGCAUUGCCUCAGGCAAGAGCUCCGUCCUCCAGGUGUUCCAACAGCUGGGCUGUGCUGUGAUUGAUGUGGAUGUCAUUGCUCGGCACGUGGUCCAGCCAGGGUAUCCUGCUCACCGGCGUAUUGUAGAGGCCUUUGGCACUGAAGUCUUGCUGGAGAAUGGUGACAUUGACCGCAAGGUCCUGGGAGACCUGAUCUUUAACCAGCCUGACCGUCGGCAGCUACUCAACUCCAUCACCCACCCUGAGAUCCGCAAGGAGAUGAUGAAGGAGACCUUCAAGUAUUUUCUCCGAGGGUACCGCUACGUGAUCCUGGACAUCCCCCUCCUGUUUGAGACCAAGAAGCUACUCAAGUACAUGAAGCACACAGUGGUCGUGUACUGUGACCGAGACACACAGCUGGCACGGCUGAUGAAGAGGAACAACCUGAACCGUGAGGACGCAGAAGCAAGGAUCAACUCCCAGCUGCCCCUGAAGGACAAGGCCCGAAUGGCCAACCAUGUUCUAGACAACUCGGGGGAGUGGGGCCUCACCAGACGCCAGGUCAUCCUCUUGCAUGCCAAGUUGGAACGAUCCAUGGAGUACCUGCCACUGAGGCUCGGGUUCCUAACAGGCCUAGCAGGCCUGGCCAGCCUCCUUUAUCUGCUCACCCGUUACCUCCUCCCUUCUCCCUAACUGGGCACACUAAAGCAGCAAGCCUCAGGCCUCCUUAGAGACCUAAGUCAGGUACCAUGUCCUCAACACUACACGUGCUCUCAUUCUGGAGUAUAUCCAGUCUGGGACUCAGCAAAAAGAAGCCCACUGUCAGGUACCCUUUCCUGCCCUCCCUAGAGCCCCACCAUCCCCUAGAGCUCCCUCAGAACAAUAUCCACAAUGGCAGGAAAACGGCAGUCUCUGUGGCCCUAUCCAUGGUUACAGCAAUGUAGCCAACAGUUUCUUGGGCUUGAACCUUCUCAGAGCAUCUGUCAUAUCAUGGCCACAAACUCCCUAGUGGACCCCAGCAAAUCCUUGUAAGCUGAAGGCUGUCUUCAAACAGAACUGUCUCCUGGGUUGAAGCCUUUCGCCAGGGUGCAGGGUGAAUCCUUUCUGGGGGAUGCCGUGGCUAGGCAGAGGCAGGGCCCUUUGGAGAAAUCAGCUUCUGAUGGGGUUUUACUCACAACUUAGCUGCCCCAGCAGCCCCCGCCUCUGAGCCCUGUACUCUCUGUGUUCCCCAGCCCCCCAUGCUGUCUGACCUCUGUGCCUCCCCCCACUGCCUUUGAGCCCUGCAGUACCUUACGCUGGCUGCCCCUGGCCUGGCACCCUGUGUUUUAUCUUAGUCCAGGGAGAAUAGUCAGAAAGAAACCGGUUUCUCCUAGACGGUGUGCCUCUAGAUGGCUGGCAGGGUUGACGCAUCUCUGUCCUAGUGCACUGCGGUCUGCCCUCCACUGGUGCUCAAUAAACGGAGUUGGUCUAAA